AUGAAGUCCAUCCUUAUUGCGGGUGCAGUCGCCGCGAUCUUGGGCACUGCCAGCGGCCGUCCUCUGAAUUACAAGCGCGACUAUGUCACCGAGGUUGUCUAUGUCACGGAGAUUGUCGCUGACGCUGUUGUCUAUGUUGAUCAGGAUGGUGUGCCAUACUCGACCUUGACCGUGGAGCAAACGACUGCGGCUACGUCUGUCGAGGCGGUCACUACAUCUGAGGUGACGCCCACAAGUGUCUCAGUUGCCACAUCUUCGGUAGACCUGGUCUUCGCGCCCUCGGCUGCUCCGUCUGCUCCAUCAGCCUCUCCUACGACUGUGCCCUCGUUCUCUCUCGUGGCGCCCCAGCCUGAGCCUUCAUCGGCCGAAUUCAAGAGCGAACCUACGACAACCGCUGCAGUCACUUCUGCUUACACCCCAACAUCACCCCCUCCGGUCAAUACCCCGGCGCCGGCACCGGAGACGUCUUCCCCAGCGCCCGACCCUGCUCCAGCUCCUUCAUCUGUCGCCCCAUCUACUUCGUCUCCGGCUCCAGCAGUGAACGCAAAUGCUGGUGACGGCCUCCCUACCGGUGUGACUUACGACCCUUUCACGGGUACCGAGGGCAACUCACGCUGCAAGACUGAUGCCGAAAUCACCGACGAGUUCAGCAGGAUGAGUUCUUACAAAGUUGUCCGCAUCUACGGUAUAGGCUGCAAUAUCGUCCCACUUGCCGUGCAGAACGCGCAGAAGAAUGGCCAGACGCUCAUGGGUGGAGCCUACCUAAGCAACAAGGGCAACGGCGAGGAUCUGAGCUCUGUCAUCAAAACCUGGAAGGAUACUAUCGACCAGGAUGCCAACGGCAGCUGGGACAUCUUGAAGCUAUUCUCUGUCGAGAAUGAGCGUAUCAACGACCAUGAUAUGACUGCUUCUGAGGUUGUCGAUGCCAUUCGCCGCGCUCGCAACCAGCUUCGCAGUGUGGGAUAUAACGGACCCGUUGGUGCGGUUGAAACUGUGCCCGCGACCCUUGACAACCCUUCGAUUUGCGAGGCAUCCGACGUCGUCAUGGUCAACUGCCACCCCUUCUUCGAUCAGAACACCGCUGCUGAGGACGCGGGCACCUUCGUCAAGGGCCAGAUCGAGCGAGUCAAGACCGCUUGUAAGACAAACCGCGUUGUUGUCACCGAGACUGGCUGGCCUCACCAGGGCGAUCCGAACGGCAAGGCUGUUCCUUCACCCGAAAACCAGGCGAAGGCUCUCGCUUCCAUCCGUAGCGAGUUCUCCUCGGAUGUCUUCAUCCACAACUCUUUCGACUCGCUCUGGAAGACCGACUGGGCCUCCUCCUUCAACGCCGAGCGUUACUGGGGAGUCAUCCAGUAG